GAAUGCAUUUAGAGAAGUUGAAGCUCGUACAUGGCACUCUCUAUUCUACACUUACCACGCAAAUCUUAAUCAGAGACUUCAUCGACUCACAAAGACCCGCCUUGCGACGCACGUUGCGAUGAAGUUGCACGUCCUCCUCACUUUGCUCCUUGUGGGCCUCCUCAACUUCGCCCUCGCACUGCCUGCAAACUCAACCGACCUCAGUGUCCCUCACCCCGUCGAUGCUGACGAUGCCACUCCACUCAAUGAGACCACCGACUUCGAAGCUGAUUACGUCAUACGCAACCCCGCUCCUGGCUGGUGUACCUUAAACAUCAACAUGGUCGAGCACUUUCCUCGCGGUGUCGACGGCGUCCCCGGCGGUCGAAGGGCCUCUAUUUCCGUUGGCGGCGUAUGGGACAACAGUUCGAAAGCCAUUCAAUGGGCAUGGUCCGACGGCACGCCUGCGGUUAUCAAUGGCUUCCCAAGCGAGCGCCGCAUCGACACAAAUGCCCUUACCAUCUUUCACAUCAUCCACAAAGGCGACUGGCUACGCUUCUCGUGGCACCACUACAACAGAAACUCAAUCUUCGAGUGGAUUCAGAUCGACUACUGGGGCACCACGUGGAGCGAUAUCGUAAAGGACUGCAAGACGGGACACUGCUGCCAGAGAGGUGAUUGGCACCCUGAUGGGAAGAACAGGUUGUUGCGUGGUGUCGCCUGCGGGUUUGCCUGCCCUUGAUCGAUGUGGCCACUGAGGUUGAUGCAUCGCUUUACCUAGGCGCCGUAAGAGCAGAAUGCUCACGUGUAACCCUU